AUACAACUAUUAGUAAAAAAAGCAAAAAAUACCUCGCUGUUACUUGCUGACGGAAAAUACUAAAAAGUCAAUACCUAAGUAUAUAUAAAAAAUGCCAUUGCAUUUUAUAUAAAAAACUUUUCAAAAAAAUAUGGUGGUGGUGGUGUGUGACGUCAAAAAAAUAUGAUACACUUUUGGUUACUUCUACUACAUUACUUGUCCGCUUUUGUAGACUGUUCACUUGAAGAAGACGUGACCGAAUUUUAUGACGUUGGCGGAUCGCCUGUACAUAUGAUUGUAUCUGGCAGUGUACUGGUGUCUGAUGAACAUCAUGAUUUGGACGUACGAAGUAUUAUUCCUUUAAAUACUACAGUUAUUAAUAAGCAAAAUAAAAGUUUUAAACUUAAUUCUACCAAUCAAGUUCCAGAAAAUUAUGUUAGUCAAGCUCACGGCAAUGAUGUUGUCAAAACAAACAGCAAUGAACCUUUUAAAAUUCAACACAAUGCUGUUUUAAAAAAAGCGAAAAAAAACACUAAUAAGCACGUUCGAAAAAAAAAACUUCGAAAGAAUUUAAAAUAUAAAACUUCAAUGAAAAAUAUAUUUAAAAAAUAUGGAUAUGGAAAGCAAAAAUAUGGAUAUGGAAAGAAAAAAACUAAAUUUUCUAGUAAUUUUUAUAAAAAUGAUAAUCAAACCAUCGAAAUUGAACACGCGCAACAAAAAUAUAAACUGCCGACAUAUGAAAAGAUCUCGAACGACUCUGAGGUAAGUGGAAUGGUUCGUGAUGAAAUUCCUAAAAAAAACGAUAAAGAGCUUCUUAAAACAAUCUACCCUCCCCCAUCAAAUAUGUGGAAGAUAAAUAAAGAACUCACUGUGACACAGAAAACACUGGAAGAAAAAGGUGUUCUUGGGGAAAAAAGAAUAUCGGAUGCAAAGAAAGCAGUUUCUGAUCAAACUGAUUCUAUAGAAGCUCAAUUAGAAAACGAGCAGAAUGUAUCAUUUGAAAACAGUGUGAAAAUUCAAACUUCUUCUCGGCCCUCUUUGCCAUUUAAGAUCAAUACAAAAGAAAAGCUGCAAAACAAUGCAUAUAUUCUUAAUCAGAAAAAUCAAAACGAUCGUUUCAAAACUCAAACAAAAAUCCAUAGCGAUGAAGACCAGUCAAAACCAUUAAAUAAACUUCACAGAUCACAGGAAGAAAAGAUUUUUACAGAUAAAAAUUUAUCUGAUAAACUAUUAUCGAAAAACAACAAUCAGUUACAGAAACAAAAGAGUUUUAGUGCAAAAAGCAUAGCUGAUAACCAAUUGUCUAAAAAUAACAAUAAAGUAGGUAUGCACCAUUCAGAAGUUUUUUAUGGAAAACCCGCGAUAAUGUCUCAGAAACCCGCGAUAUUAUCUCAGAAGCCGAUUAUCAAAACAUUAAACCAAUUUAAAGCGGCUAACGAAAAUACCAAACCCAACUCUUUACUUAAUCCCUCAAAACAUAAUAAUUUUAUCAUCGAAAAUUCUUUUAGUGCAAUGUAUGCACCUGCUGAAAAACAAGAAGUAGCACAAGUUCAAGACAGUUCGACUAUGACUUUGUCAAACAAUAAGUUAUUAAAAAACGAGGCUGAUACAAAUAAUGAAGAAGCGGCUUUUGAAAGAUCUGGUGCAACAAAAGUUGAAAAUAAACCUCAGGAAGAAAAUUUGAUGACCGGCGGUUUAGUAGCAAGAGCCCAGGAAAAUAAAGUUGAAAGUACUCCAAAUACUGGAACUAAAGAAGCACUAUUUCAUCAACAGAUAGAAGAUGGAGUACAACCCGGCGUGCAGACUGAAGAAACUGUCCAGCAAGUUUCAAAUAUUGAAAGCGAUUCGUCACAGGAUUCUACUGAGACACAAGCAUUAUCAACAACAACCUCUGAUUUACCGAAUAAAGAUGUUAAUGGAGAAAAUUUGAAUUCUAAAGAGUACGAAGAAAACGUUUGCGAUUCAUGCGAAAAUCUCGAAGACCAAACUAAAGCCAUUAAUGAAAAUAAAAAUAUAACUUUACAAACCGAUGCAAGUGAACAAGCAAAGCAGAAUGUGGAAAAACAAACUCAAAACGUAGCUUUUGAAGACCAAGUUAAACAAAAUGAAGAACUUGUUAAAGAGCAAAGCGAAACCACUCCACUAAACGAAGCUGUGCAGCACCUACCUGAUGUUGUCCUGUACAAAGGUCAAAACGUAAAUGAAAAUGUUGUGUCGCAAACAAACUCUGAUGAAAUACUAGCAAAAGAAAAUGAACAAUAUGCUUCUGCAAGAAAGAAUGAAGAUGAUGAAAUUACGAUCACUGCAGAGACACCACAAGAAGCAAGAAACCACUUUGAAAUGUUUCAAAAUUCUACUUCUAACGAAAAAUUACCAAUGAAUUCUAAUAACAUGAAUAACUUAGAGGAGAUGUCAAGCAAUCUAAUUACAAACAGUGUUUCUUCUCAAACUAUUACUCCUUUAAAGGAAGAAAGUGAACAGUUUCAUGCCCAAAGUUUUUCUGCAAUAACACCCAAUCCAUCUGCAAUUCAAGAUCAACUUCCUGAUUCUUCUAAGUUUGUUAAUACUGAUUCCAAGGUUUUAGCUUCAAACAAUGUAAACCAACCACAAUCUGAAACAAGAACGGAUGAAAGUGAUCAGGAAAGUUCUAAUCAAAACGAACUCUAUAAACACCAACAAGAUAUUUCUUUCAUGAAAAACGAAAACCAAAAAGCACAAGAACUAUUUGCACGCGAAAAAGAGGAGAAACUGAACAAUCUCUAUAUGCAAAAUCUGGAGAAGCACGAAUACCAAUCUGAAAACAAUCAAGUUCAAACCCAAACAAAUAAUGAAAAAGGUAGUUAUCAUAAUGUUGGUUUUGCCGUUAAUGCUGAGGAAGUUCCAUUUAAUAACAAAGUGGCUUAUGCUCAAGCAAAAGAAAAAGAACAAGAAAAUAUGGAAGCAUCCAACAAGUUUUCAACAUCUAUUGCUGGAGAUUACUCAUCGCUAAAACAAAAUAGUUCAGUACUACACACAGAAGUAGAAAACUAUGUUUUGCCAGCUUAUCAAAGCACCUCAUCGGAAGGCGAACCUUUAAACGAAGUGCUUACAACCAAUCAACAGCUGAGAGAAAACUCUCAAUCUUCUUUUCUUAAAACUGAAAUAGGGGGUAAAAAUAAAAAUGCGUAUGUUAACAACUUUGCUGAUGACACACAAGGAGAGCUUUUAUCAAAAAAUGAUCUUGCAAAACCUGUUGUCAAAGAUACGGACUAUAAAGACCGGCAAUAUUUAACGCCAACAAACAUUGUAAAUGUGAAAACAGAUCAACUUAUUGAUCCUUUGAAUUCAACAGCUUCGGCAUCCACAUAUAAUAAUAAUGUUCAACCACUUGGUUCUAUUAAAGAACAGCAAUAUGGCACAACCGGAGACUUUUUUUUACCAGCAGGCGUAAAUCCAGGCGCACCAAUGUCAUCACAAAUGAUAGACUUGUGGAAAUUAAGAGGUAUAGCCCCUCAAAGGGGAUUUUUACGUGGAAAAAUUGUAAAUAGAAAAAUUCUAAAGCAUAUUUACAGCAGCCCAGUUCAGAAAACGAAUGCAGCAUCAAAAAAAAAGACUAGUGGAAUACCAAUUAAGCAUUGGAGCGGGAUGCAGCAAGUUCCAAACAAUGUAAUGUCUGUUUUAAAGCCAAAACAUCCUACAGGACCAAGUAUUGCUUAUCAACAAACUAUUCCUGAAGAGGCAACAAAUUUAUAUCUAAAUAUUAAACAAAAAUCAAUAAAAAAAAUAAAUAAAAAUGAUAAAUUGGAUGACGAUGAAGGAUUGGAAGAAAAAGUAUCAAGUUCUUUAGCUCACAAAUCACCCAGUGAAGCACCUCCAGGCGUCUCGUCUCCUUUAUCUCCUCCAGUACCCUCUCCUGUUUCAAAUGAGAUAUCCCCUUCAGCUUCUCCAUUAUCACCAGCAUUAUCGCCUUCAACAUCCAACUCACUACCUUCUGAAUCAUCUCCUGCAACAAACUCUGCCUCUUCUCCCGGAGCUCUUAAAGCUCCCGCUGCUAAUGGCGCAGCUCAUCAUGAACAAAACAAGCCUCAGACGUCUGGCUAUGGUUUUGGUUCAGGAAGUGGACAUGGGUAUGGCGAAAGAAGUUUUGGAUGGGGCGGAGGUGGUGGAUGGGCUGGAGUACCACCUCCCAAUGGAAUGCCUAUUCCUUCUUACGGUCCUCCGCCAGGUAUUCCAGAUUUCCCAAAACUCGGACAACCUGUUUCUUCUCCGGCAGGAUCUAAUCCUCAGCUCAAUCAACCAAUAGCAUCUUCAGGUCAAGAGUCAUUGUCCAGUAAUUUAGUGAAUAAAAAACCAAAACAAAACCCUAAAAUAAAAGUAGGCUAUAAAAGUUCAUUGUUAACUCAAAACGCUAAAGUUAAUUUUAAAAUAGGUAAAAAUCCAAAAAUGAGAAUUCCGUAUAAGAAGAAAGACGAUGCGUUUCCAUAUAAAAAGAAAGAUUAUACAAUCCCUUAUAAGAAGAAAGAUAAUAUGUUUCCAAAUUCUGUGACGCUAAGGAAAAAACGUUGAUUUAUCGUUUUUCCAAAUUAGGUUUAAUAGAAACUAGCACGCCAAAAACAUUGAUAAACACCAAGUAUGACUUUUAGAGCAUUGUUAUGCGUUGCUAUAUAAUAUAUGUCGUUAUUUUCAAAAUAAGAAAUACUCUUAUUCAAUGUUAAUAUGGAAAAGAAAAAACCAAAGUCCAUGUUGCAAAUUCGUUCUAUCCAUUGCAUAACACAACUACUAUUUGUUGAACUUGGUAAAAAGCGAGUUAACCAGUCAAAGAUUAACCCAUGUAAAAAUAAAAUGCAUAAUGACACUACAUAACUAAAGUUUAAUUUAAUUUACAGCAAUUAUACUUUUUAUUACAAAUGUUUAUAAUUGCAUUCACUUCGUUAGACAAACUUGAAACUUAAAUAAAGACAUAAACAUGUUUAUUGAAUUGAAAAUACAACCAUGUUUAUAAA